CGCAAGCAAGGUAGGGGGUCGGUGAUUGCGUGGCGGAGCGUGGGUUGAGGCGGCGGUUGGUGUGCAAAAUUAGGAAAUAUACUGGAGUGUUCCAAUGUGUGAUAUUUUAUCAAAAUACAUUAUUGAAGCAAUUUCAUUUACUAACAAGGCAGGCAAGGCGGUCACAAGCAUCAAGCAACCAUUUGAGCAGUUGUUUGGGAAGGCUGAUGAAGAGACAGAACAUUUUGAGUGAAAAUAACAAAACAAAGAAAGCUCGCAGUAGCGGCAUUCAAGAAAGCAUGGCACCCUCUAUAGGAACAUUAAGCAGCAGCUGUGAAGUUUUGCCAAAGCCGGUGCAAUCAGAAAAUGACAAGAGGGAGUACAGAGCCAUCAAGCUUCCAAAUGGUUUAAGGGCCUUGCUCAUAUCAGGAUCUUCGUCCUCCUCUGGAAAGCAACAGCAGAACCAGCAUGAAGCAUCGCCAUGGUGAAGAAGAGGCCAGCAGCGCGGAGGACGCACCAGGACUCGGACAACGAGGACAGCGAGGACGAGAGCGAUGAGAAAAUGGCGGCCGCGGCUCUCUCCAUCGGCUGCGGCAGCUUCGCCGAGCCCAGCGACAUCGAGGGCCUCGCGCACUUCGUCGAGCACAUGGUGUUCAUGGGCAACAAGAAGUAUCCGGAGGAGAACAGCUUUGACGUUUUUGUUAAGAACAGCGGGGGAACGACCAACGCGCACACGGACUGCGAGCAGACGGCGUUCUACUUCGACGUGAACUCGCUGCACUUGCGCGAGGCUCUCGACCGGUUCGCCCAGUUCUUCAUCUCACCUUUGAUGCGGAAGGACAGCAUGCAGCGCGAGCGGCAAGCGGUGGAGAACGAGUUCCUGGAGGCGCAGCCGGACGACUCCAACCGGGCCGACCAGCUACUGGCCGGCCUGGCGCGGGCCGGCCACCCGAUGGCCAAGUUCACCUGGGGCAACCUGAAGUCGCUGAGCGAGACGCGCACGGGUCUGAGCGACGAGCAGAUGCACGGCCGCCUGCACGAGUUUUGGCGUCACUACUACCGCGCGCCGUACAUGACGCUAGCAGUGCAGGCCGACCAGUCUCUCGACACGCUCCAGCAAUGGGUGGUGGAGAUCUUCAGCGAGGUGCCAGCCACGGCCGAGCCGCGGCCGUCGUUCGCCAGCCACGGCCAGCCCUGGGACCCGGCGCGCUUCCACCGGCUGUACAAGCUGCUGCCCGUCAAGGACCGCCAUCAGCUGACCAUUACCUGGCAGCUGCCCAGCAUGAUGAAGCACUACCGCACACGGCCGCUCAACUACAUCUCAUGGCUGAUGGGCCACGAGGGCCGCGGCAGCAUCCUCUCGUACCUCAAGCACAGAAUGUGGGCCGUCAGCCUGGUGAGCGGCAACAGCGAGUCGGGCUUCGAGCACAACUCGGCCACCUCGUGCUACUACGUAAACGUGCGGCUGACGGACGCCGGCCUGGAGCACGUGGCCGACGUGCUGGCCGCCAUCUGGGCGUACAUGGCCAUGCUGCGGCGCCUGGGUCCGCAGCAGCGCAUCUACGACGAGAUCAAGGACAUCGACCAGAUCAGCUUCCGGUACCAGGAGGAAUCGUCCCCGCAGGACUGGGUGCAGUCGAUGGCGGACAACAUGCAGAACUACGCGCCGGAGGACUUCAUCUGCGGCGACGUGCUGCUCUUCAACUACGACCACCAGCUGAUCGCCUCGUGCCAGGACGCCAUGCUGCCGACCAACUGUCACAUCAUGCUGAGCUCCCGCACGUUCGAGGAAUCGGGCGAGUGUGUGCUGACUGAGCCCUGGUUCGGCACGCGCUACUCGGAGCAGGAGAUCCCGGCCGAGUGGCAGGCGCGCUGGCGCGACCUCUCCUCGCUCGAGGCCAGCUUCUACGUGCCCGAGGUGAACCCGUUCGUGGCGCGCUCGUUCGAGCUGGUGGCGGAGGACGUGCCGCACUGCUCUCACCCGCGCGCCGUCAUCCGCCGGCCGGACGGCGAGCUCUUCCACCGGCGCGACUGCAAGUUCAACCUGCCGCGCGCCUACAUCUGCAUCCGACUGUGCUCCGACCUGCCCGUCCAGUCAGCGCUGAACGCCGCCAUGCUGGACCUGAUGGACAACAUGCUGACGCAUCAUCUGACGGAGACGCUGUACCCGGCCACGGCGGCGCGACUCAACUACCGACUCGAGUCGAGCGAGCGGGGCUAUACCAUCCGCGUCGACGGCUUCAGCGAGAAGCUACCGGACCUAGUGAAUGUCAUAAUCGACCACAUUGCCAACUUCGAAACGAAGGUUUUCGACUCGGAAAUGUUCAACAUGCUCAAGACGGAGCAGCUCAAAGCGUACUACAACUGGUUCCUGAAGCCCACCAACUCGUGCAAAGACCUGCGCCUGAAGGUGCUGAAGCAGCGACACUGGAUGGCGCUCGAUAAGCACCGCGCUCUGCUGGCCGUCACCGAAGAAGGCCUUAAGGAGUUCAGCCGCGCCUUCCGAGCGCGCCUCUACAUGCAGAUGCUGGUCCAGGGCAACGUGUGUCAGGCGGGGGCGGUGCAGCUGUACGAGGGCGCGCGCACGCGGCUGCAGUACGCGCCGCUGCCGCCGCACCAGUGGCCCGACAUCCGCGUGGCGCAGCUGCCGACCGGGCGCACGUUCUGCCGCACCGCCUCCUUCCACCGCGGCGACACCAACACCAUGAUCACCAACUACUUACCAGUGGCAGCCGGCACCGACCACUACCGUGCGCGCCUCCUGCGCGCUGGAGCUGCUCAUGGGCGCUGCCAUUGGUCGAUUCCGCGGGCCAACGUGAUGGAGGAGCCGACCUUCGACUUCCUGCGCACGCAGGACCAGCUCGGCUACCACGUGUUCUCGCUGAUGCGUGUCGUGUACGGCGUGCUCGGCUUCUCCAUCAGCGUCAACACGCAGGCGGACAAGUUCACGCCCGACCGCGUGGACGAGCGCAUCUCGGCGUUCCUGGAGCACUUCGUCGACAAGCUGGCCGAGCUGAGCAAGGCGGAGCUGGACGUGGUGCGGGAGGCGCUGAUCCGCAACAAGCAGUGCGCCGACGUCUCGCUCGAGGAGGAGGUCAACCGAAACUGGGGCGAGAUCGUCUCGCGGGAGUACGUGUUUGACCGGCUCGACCGGGAGUCGGACGUGCUGCAGUCGAUCCCGCUGAAGGAGGUGCGGUCCUUGCUGCGCGACGCCGUGGACUGUCAGCAACGCGCGCUGUCCGUGCAGGUGGUGGGCGCGGCGGCGCCGGACAUGGCGCCGCCCGGUCGGCCGGUAGACGCGCCGCCGCCGGCCGAUGCCGGCGCCCAGACGGCCCAUCAACUGCCCCUGCUCGUGCCGGAGACCGACGACGAGCGACGCUUCGUCACCUGCGUGGAGGCCUUCAAGGCCGACCUCUUCCUCUUCCCCGUGAUCAAGAUCACCGAGUGAAGGGAUGGCCUCCGGCCUCGUGCUCUCCCCCGUGAUCAAGAUCACUGUCCUGGUCCUCGUUCACGCGACAAAGCCCACCGAAUGAAGGGGUGAUCACCGACCUGGCCCACUUCCCCGUGGCCAAAAGCACCGAGUGCUGGGUAAUUGCCGUGUUGUCGGGAGACCGUCAAACGUUCAAAGCGUUCCAAGACGGGUGAUCGCCGAGACCAUCGGUGACUGGGGUACCUCAGACGGUCUCGACUGGUGGGCUCACUCGGAGACUGGGCUGGCUCGGGUCGCGGGUGGGGUGUGCUGGCACCCCUGCUGGGGCCUGGCGGUUACAUGGGGCCGCACUGGUGGCGUUGGUCGUGUUUCCAAGAGAUGUCAUUGUUACCAUGACACCCGACAUUUGGCGCAGUCGGUAUGCGACGGCCGUGUUUCUCGCAUUUGAGGAAAUACAAAUAUUCGGUUGUG